AUUCCCUUUUAGAAGCUAAUGAUAUUCUCUCAAACAAGUUGGCACAGAUGUAACUCCAGAGGUGCAACUCAUAAUAAGUGGAGAUGCUAUGCCUUUUUGGAGUCGCUGCCCUAUGGGGUGCAACCAACCCGUUUCUCAAGAAAGGGACCGAGGGAAUCGAACAUGUUGGCAAAGGGAGCAAAGUCUCCCAGUUCCUUGCAGAGGUCAAGUUCCUGUUUCUUAACACCAAGUAUCUUUUACCCUUUCUACUGAACCAGAGUGGGUCUGUGAUGUUCUAUGUUACACUUAGCACUACAGAACUGUCAGUCGCUGUACCUGUGGUAAACUCCCUCAGCUUUCUCUUCACACUGCUCACCGGAAAACUACUCGGGGAAGAUUUUGGAGGGGAAAGAGCUGUGCUGGGCAUGGUCCUUACCAUGGUGGGAGUGACCAUGUGUGUGGGGAGUUCUGUCUUGGAAGCAGACAGUGCAGGACUACGCAACAUGUCACAUGUUUCCCUAUAGCCCAGCCAGAGGUCUGAGCUCCACACCAGCCUCUCACUGAAGUUUGCACUGCUGCAUCAGAGCUGCUCUGAAUGAGGCAUUCCCCACAUCUCCCUCCCUGUGGGUGGUAGCUCUCUGUCGAGGAGCUGGCUUGCACCAGGUACCUUGAAUUCGUCCACUCCCUGAUGAUAAAUAUUUGAACUCUGGCCAGCAAUUGAGGCAAGGAUUAGUGCCCCAUUACACGUGGCAUGAGUACCUCUUGGGAGUGUUGUUGGUUUUGACUGAACCUGAUCAAGCACACACCCAAAUCUCAUGCAAAAAUGAAAACCAGAGCAAAUAUCCAAUCUUUUUAUAUCUUUUUAUGAGGUUUUUUAUUUAUUUGUUUUACUUUACUCAGUAAUGGCAGUAUUGUCUUAGUUUUGCAUAGAUAUAUGAGGACAGUAAAGAUCAGACUUUUCAGAUAAACUUGAAAGCUAAUGAGAUGUGAAACUAAAGAAGGCUUUGUUUACACUAUGUAGAAGCUUGGAAACACUGACCAGGGUGUUCCCAUGUCAAACAGCCCAGAACUUGCGUGUUAACACCUUUUUCUCUUUUGUGGAAAUUAAUAGGAUUCAGUGGAUAUAUUUUGAAGUAAAUCCAUGUAAAUA